AUGGAUAGCGAUAUAAACUCGUUAGAUAUGGACCGAGAUUGUGAAGUAAUUGAUUUAUUAGAAGAGAGGGCCGAGAUUAACAGUAAUGACGACAAUUCGUUAUCAUUAUAUGAGAGGACAGAAAGAAGUCGAGCAGAGAAGAGAAUUCGGGUGGUAGACGAGGAAGAAGUUUGGACAGAAGUCGGGAGAAGAGGUAAAGUAGUGGCACGCAGUGCGUCUGACGAUGAUAUGACUAGAGUACCAGAAGAACAAAUUGAGAUAAGUAUGACAUCGAAAAAGGAGAAGUUACCUAAGCAAUUAGGAUUGGCCCGUAUCCUCAAGCAGGAAAAUAUAUUAGAUAUUAUUCGAGUGAGGAUAUCUGGCUAUAAUAUAGUUCGCAAGGAUAGAGACGACGGAUAUGGUGGUGUAGCAAUUAUAGUUCAUGCCUCCAUUAAAUAUCAAUUAUCUAAAAUAUAUAGUACAAAUCCAGGAAUACAACUUAUACAUCUAAAACUACUGAAUUGUUUUCAAAUAGAAAAUAUCAUUGCUAUCUACUGUCCGUCGUCUGUGCAGACUACAACAAGUGAUUGGGAUUAUAUUUUUGGCAUUUAUAACAAUAAAACUUUGAUUGCUGGAGACUUUAAUGCUCAUCAUUCGAAUUGGUCAUACAAGACAGAUAACAGGGGUAGUCAACUUUUUGAUGUAUUGCUAGAUAAAAAUUAUAUAACUCUGAAUGACGGAUCACCUACUAGAAUUAAAUUAGUCAAUGGCAGUCUACAAAAAUCUUCUCCCGACAUUACAUUGGUAACAAGUGAUAUCGCUUUAAAGUUUACUUGGGCAAUGUCAAAUGAAUCGUUAGGGAGUGAUCAUCUCAUCAUUAAAUAUUCCUUGUGUAACAAUAAUCAGAGUCCUAACUUCGUUCGAAAAAGGAAUUUCAAAAAAGCCAAUUGGAAUGGUUAUUCUAGUUUUCUCCAAAGCAUCUUCUCCGUUUUGAUAUUGGCUGCCGAUCCUCAGGAGGCGUAUAAUCAAUUCGUUGACGCUAUCAAUACUGCUGCUAAUAUAUAUAUACCCCCAGUUAACAUUUGUCAAGACCCAUUAAGACUUAAAAAAUUUGUUCCUAAAUCAUAUUGGAAUGUAGACAUCUCUCGCUCAAUAGCGGAACGGAGACUUGCAUUAGCCAUUUUUAGGAAAAACCCUACGCCUCAUAAUUUAAGCAAUCUUCAAGCUAAAAUUGCUUCUGCACGGAGAACUAUUCGUAAAGCUAAAAGAGAAGCUUGGAGAAAGUUCUGUAGUAGUAUUAAUGAAAUUGUGUCCCUUAGUGAAAUGUGCCGUCGAAUGCGAUGGUUAAAAGGAUACCGUUUACCUAGGGCUAACAUUGAUGAAACUAUUGCCAGUAAACUUUUACGUAACUUAUCCCCAGAUUAUGUCUCGCCAGAUAAGCCUUCUUUUACUUCGAGUAAUCAAGCCUUGGAAAGCAUCAUAACUCUACAUGAACUCAAUCUAACAAGUGAAGCUAUUAAAAGCGUG